UCAGCCCCUGGAUAAGAAGUGGGGGACUCCAGCAGACGACGGCAACUGGACAGGGAUCGUGGGCGACUUGCAGCACCAAAAAGCGGACUUCUCCCUGGAUGUGACGCUCUCAGAGUCAAGAAGCACCGUCAUGGACUACUCCAGGGUCUACCAAAAUGAUCCUUAUGUUAUUUUGUCGCCUAAGCCCUCAUCUCUACCGCGGCACCUGUCUCUCACCAGACCUUUUGAAGGGGAGGUCUGGAUGUCUUUCUUAGUGUGUACAUCAUUUAUGGGCCUCAUCCUGUGGCUGCUGCAGAAGGCGUGGUCGUGGGCGUCAGGUGAGCUCGGUGUCAGCCUGGUGCCCACAGUCUUCCAUACCUGGGGGAUUAUGCUGUUAGCGCCUAUCCCUACACUGCCUACUAACAGCACUGGCCGGGUGUUGAUAGGGUGGUGGCUCCUGGUGUGUGUGAUCGUCACCACAGGCUACCGCUCCUCCCUCAUCGCCCACCUCUCCGUCCAGGGCAAGUACCCGCCCAUUAACAGCUUCCAGGAUCUCCUAGACCGAGAUGGCUGGUCUUGGGGUUCUUAUGAAUUUGCAGGAACUAAUUUCCUCUACUUCAACGGAAGUACUGACCCUGAUGUUCUAGAAUUAUAUAAAAAAAUGGAGGUUUUCGAGACGGAAGAUUGGCUGGAGCGUACACUGGCUGGCGAGUUCUCCUUCCUUUACCUCAAGACGUGGAUCCAGAUUUUUGUGGCUAGGCACUACACCGACAAGUACGGUAAUACACCUUACCAAUAUGGCACCACCGAAUAUCCCAUUUUUGGAGGCAACGUCUGGGGAUUCAGGCAAAGCAAAAGUGAAUAA